AUGUUGUUAAUUUUUAAUCUUUUUAUAUUAUUUGGGACUAUUCUCAGUGUCAGUGGAGAUACUUAUGCCUCCAAAUUGCUGGAUCCAUCAUGGCAAGAGAUCAUAGCUCAGGGUGGCCUGCACAUCGGGGCUGGUCGAGCGAAGAGAUUCAUUGGAAUAAAUGAUAACCAGAUCGACACUGCUUACCAAAGCUGUGUCUUGCCAGACGGCAAGCCUGGCCACUGCCGCCACCUUCGCCACUGCAUCCAGGAUGAGUUCCGCAGCGACUUCAUCAAGUUCAUGGAUUAUGUUUGCAUCAUCAACCAACAGUCUGUAGGAGCGUGUUGCCCUGAUGACUUGACCCGUGGUGGCGCUGAGGGAUUAGCAGGGGACCUCCCCGCAACCGCACCGAAAGAGGAACAGAAUGAAGCCAUCAUCAAGGUCACCAGGGCUGAAACUAGAGGUUGUGGUCUAAGCACACGCCAACAAAGCAGAGUGCUGGGAGCUCGAGAGACCAACCCUCGCGAGUGGCCAUGGAUGGCAUCCGUAACUCCUGAGGGCUUCGAGCAGUACUGCGGAGGAGUGCUCAUCACAGACAGACACGUUUUGACUGCUGCUCACUGCACCAGAAGAUGGAAAGCCGAGGAACUGUUUGUUCGUUUAGGAGAGUACGACAUGAAAAGAACGAAUGACUCGCGGACUUACAACUUCAAAGUCUCUGAGAUACGUCAGCACGAGGGUUUCCAGAUAGCCAACUAUAAGAACGACAUCGCCAUCUUAAAGCUGGAGCGUCCAGCUGUGUUCAACACAUAUGUCUGGCCCAUCUGCCUACCCCCACCAAAUCUUCAGCUUACUGAUGAACCAGUCACUGUUAUUGGUUGGGGAACCCAAUGGUACGGAGGUCCUCACAGCAGCGUGCUGAUGGAAGUGACAGUUCCAGUGUGGGACCAUGACAAGUGUGUCGCUGCCUUCACGGACAGUAUCUUCAAUGAAACCCUCUGCGCUGGAGGCCUUGAGGGAGGGAAGGACGCCUGUCAGGGUGACAGCGGUGGUCCCUUGAUGUACCAGAUGCCAAGCGGUCGCUGGACUACCGUCGGAGUGGUGUCCUGGGGCCUGCGCUGCGGGGAGCCGGAGCAUCCUGGCCUCUACACACAAGUAGACAAAUACCUCGGAUGGAUCGCUCAAAAUGCACGCUUCUAA